UACUGCCUCCUUUCACUGCGUCAUACUGGCGUUGACCAAUCAUAAGGUGCAAUCUGAAACGCGCUGCCCCACUGCACAAGAGGGCAGGGGAAAUGUGAUAUUUCUCAGAUCGAUGUUUUAUAGUUUGUCUAAAAUUCAAAACAUUUUAUCCCUAUAUUUGUUUUUGAGCACCGUUCAGACAUUUCAAGCUCAUCCGUCAUUAGGGUGUUUUGGUAAGCUUUCAACAGUGUAACCGCCGCCCUGCAAUCUCCUCCCCUCUCUGUUUGAAGAACAUGCGCCUAACCGUGCUCUUGCGAUACUGGCUUUAGCGCCUUCUGCUGCCACCACCGAUGCGGGUAGUAGCCGUGUAAACCAAUCUGCCCCGUGCCCAAAUCUCUGUCCUGAGUGUUUACGCAUGCAACGGUGAACUACGAAAAACUAUGAUACUCUUGCAGACACCAGGAGUGGAAUAUACCAUGUGGGUCUCAUUGGAAUUGACUUCUUCCACCCAGCAGACGAGCUGAAGGCGUUUUGUAAGCUGUGCCCAUAUUUUCCAGGAUUCCCUUGCAGUAGUGAGGAUGCGUGAACCUGGCAGGUAAUCGCGACCCCCCCACCCCCUUCCCUCACCCCCACCCUCACCCUUGCUGAGUGACACCUCCCUGCUGCCCCACGUUCCCCAGCCGGGCCGUAGGGGGGUAGGGGGGAGGGAGGAGAGGCGUGUGUGGGAGGAGGGGGGAAGGACAUAGGACGUCACAGGACCCUGACGCAUCAUGGCGGGCCGUGGCGGAAUAGCCCCCCCGGGGAUGACCGGGGAUACCGGUGGCGGCGGCGGCGAGCAGGUGAACCAAUCACACGUCCUCUUUGACCGCUUCGUCCAAGGCACCACCUGCAAGGGCACGCUGAAGGCCUUCCAGGAGCUGUGCGAGUACGUGGACCUCAAGCCCACCGAGUCGCGCAUCUUCUACCACAAGCUCAAGUCCAAGCUGAACUACUGGAAGGCAAAGGCCCUGUGGGCCAAGCUGGACAAGAGAGCCUCCCUCAAGGACUACAAGAAGGGACGGGCCUGUGCCAACUCAAAGUGUCUGAUCAUCGGUGCGGGCCCCUGUGGCCUGCGCACGGCCAUCGAGCUGGCGUUCAUGGGGGCCAAGGUGGUGCUGCUGGAGAAGAGGGACGCCUUCUCCAGGAACAACGUGCUGCACCUCUGGCCCUUCACCAUCCAGGACCUCCGGGGGCUCGGCGCCAAGAAGUUCUACGGGAAGUUCUGCGCCGGCUCCAUCGACCAUAUCAGUAUUCGCCAGCUGCAGUUGAUGCUGCUGAAGGUGGCUCUGCUGCUGGGCAUUGAGAUCCAUGUGAAUGUGGAGUUUAAGGGACUCAUCGAGCCACCGGAGGACCAGGAGAACGAGAGAAUAGGUUGGAGGGCAGAUAUACACCCGAGAACUCAUCCUGUCAACGAGCUGGAGUUUGACGUUAUAAUUGGAGCAGACGGGAGGAGAAACACGUUAGCAGGAUUCCGCAGGAAGGAGUUCCGGGGGAAGCUGGCCAUCGCCAUAACGGCCAACUUCAUCAAUCGCAACACUACGGCUGAGGCCAAGGUGGAGGAGAUCAGCGGGGUGGCCUUCAUCUUCAACCAGAAGUUCUUUCAGGACCUACGAGAAGCCACAGGGAUUGACCUGGAGAACAUCGUCUACUACAAGGACGACACGCACUACUUUGUCAUGACCGCCAAGAAGCAGAGCCUGCUGGAGAAGGGCGUGAUCUUACAUGACUAUGCGGACACGGAGAUGCUGUUGUCCCGGGCCAACGUGGACCAGGCGGCACUGCUGUCGUACGCGCGCGAGGCGGCCGACUUCUCCACCAAUCACCAGCUGCCCACGCUCGACUUCGCCAUCAACCACUACGGCCAGCCGGACGUGGCCAUGUUCGACUUCACCUGCAUGUACGCGUCGGAAAACGCCGCGCUGGUGCGGCAACGCAACGGGCACCAGCUGCUGGUGGCGCUGGUGGGAGACAGCCUGCUGGAGCCCUUCUGGCCCAUGGGCACUGGCAUCGCGCGUGGCUUCCUGGCAGCCAUGGACUCGGCGUGGAUGGUGCGCAGCUGGGCACAGGGCAAGUCACCGCUGGAGGUGCUCGCAGAGAGGGAGAGCAUCUAUCGGCUUCUUCCUCAGACCACGCCGGAGAACGUCAGCAAGAACUUCAGCCACUACAGUAUUGACCCCACCACGCGCUACCCCAACAUCAGCCUGCACAUGAUGCGACCAAACCAGGUGCGGCACCUCAUCGACACCGGGGAGUCCAAGGAAACGUUGCGCAUCGACAUGGAGAAUGUCGUCAACGCAUCCACGCCCAAACUCAGCCGCAACGAGCUGAGACUGUUUGAGCAGCAGUUGCAAGAGUCGGUGGCUCGUUCCAGUAAGCUGCUGAGCUGGUGCCAACGCCAGACGGAGGGCUAUCGGGGCGUGGCCGUCAGCGACCUCACUGGCUCCUGGAAGAGCGGCAUGGCCCUCUGCGCCCUCAUCCACCGAUACAGACCUGACCUCAUUGACUUCGAGUCCCUGGAGGAGCGGGAUGUGGCAAAGAACAACCAGCUGGCGUUUGACGUGGCAGAGCGAGAGUUUGGCAUCUCGCCCAUCAUGACGGGCAAGGAGAUGUCUGUGGUGGCCGAACCCGACAAGCUCUCCAUGGUCAUGUACCUCAGCCAGUUCUACGAGAUGUUCAAGGACACUCUGCCCCCCAGUGAUAACCAUAGUCCCGAGGAGAGAGCUACUGCCAUCUCCAACACCCAGAAGUCUCACCCCAUCUCCUUCCUCAAGCUCCACCUGGGCUUCAACUCCAGGAAACGCACCCCCAAGGACAAAAAGGAUGAAGACAGUUCGAGUAAGAAGCAGAAGACGGGCCAGAUUGAUGAGGAUGACGAGCGAACGUCCGUGUCCACGCUUGGGGGAGAGCGGAGAGGGUCGGCGGCGUCUUCUGCAGCCAACUACAACAAGAUCAAGUCCAUCCAGACGCAGCUGCAGGCCAAGUUUGUGGAGACGGCCGCCAACCCAGCGCCCUCCUGUGGUCUCAGGAGACAGGGCGAGUCGCUACCCAAUCUGAAUGUCAUUCUGGCCCCUUCCCCGCCCCGCACUCCUCCCCUGAGAGUGCCGAUGCGCAUGGCCCCCACCCCUGCAUGGAGACAGAGGAGGACCCAGCUUCAGGAGCAGAUGAGUAUCCGAUAUAAGGAGCGAGUCAAGUCCCAGACUCUGCCUACCAAAGGGGAGCAGAUCAAAGGCGGUGACGUCUUGAGAAGCUGCCCCAAGAAAAUCAUUAAGCUUCCAUCAUCCUCCUCCUCCUCUUCCUCCAUCACACACUCAACAUCACUGCUCUCGCUACACCCGCAGCGCUAUGUAAAGAUGUACACAGAGGGUGUGAGCUCAUUGGCUGAGCAGUUAGCCAAUCAGUUUCACCCUCCUCAGGAUGUUCCCAGCUAUCCCAUUGAAAGGCGGGAUUUGGGCUCCUUGAGGAAGGAGUUCCCCCAGAACAUCGGCGGCAGUGACGUGUGCUACUUCUGUCAGCGGCGCGUUUACGUGAUGGAGCGGCUGAGCGCGGAGGGCAAGUUCUUUCACCGCAGCUGUUUCACCUGCGACUACUGCGGCACCACCCUGCGCCUCUCCUCCUACGCCUUCGACGUCGAGAAAGGGAAGUUUUACUGCAAACCUCACUACUGCUAUCGUGCAUCAGGCCAAGGGCAGAAGAAAAGGCCUGCUCCUGCUCCAGUCUCCAGCAAGGAGUCGCCAGUGGCAGCCCCGGUCACCGUGGACGCCGGCGUUGCCAUCGCGGGUGGUGCUUUGGGCACCGUGUCCCCGUCUGCGGCUUCGGUAGCGGAGCGCCGGCCCUCAGUGCCCGAGGUGAACGGCGUCGGGGAGCCCAGCGUGCCCAAGCGUUUGCGGGGCACCCCGGAGCGCAUCGAGCUGGAGAACUACCGACUCUCCAUGCAGCGUGAGGAGGAGCUGGAGGAGGUGCCCGAGGAGACGCUGGCCGAGCACAACCUCAGCAGCGUACUGGACAAGGGAACUGAUGUGGAGGAAGGAUCCAGUAGCUCAGAGUCGGACAUGGAGGAAGAGGACGAGGAGGAGGAGGAGAUGCGGCACCAUCCCGAGGAGGAGGCGGGGCCCUCUGACCUGGGCGGCGUGCCCUGGAAGGAGGCCGUGGAGAUCCACGCCAAGCUGAAGGGCGAGGGCAGCGAUGGAGUCCCUGACGAGGGCAGCGCUCAGAAUGGGCUCGGGCCCCGCUCCAUCAGCCCUCAGCAGGAUGGUGGAGAGAUGGAGGAAGACAUGGUGGAGGAAGGAGAAGAGGACGAGGAGGAGGAGGAGGAAGAUGAAGAGGAGGAUGAGGAAGAGGAGGAGUCUAGUGAUGAGGGCGAAUAUUGCCCCUGGGAGCGUGAGCUGCAGUCAGGGCUUUGGCUGGAGGGGCUGGCUGAUGAAGAGGACACGGGUACCUUCAAAGCCGGAAACCUACGCAUCCAGCAAGUGCUCCAGCCGGUGGACCCCCUGGCCGCCCCCCAGGAGCCGUGUCAGUCUCCCACCCCCACCCCCACCCCCGUCCCCUUAGAGGGGGGGCAGGAAGGGCUGGAGGCCCUGGAGGUAUCCCCUCCACCUUCCCAACCCACAGAGCCCUGUGAAGAAGAGGAGGAGUAUGAUCCAGAGGCGGAGGCAGGAAGCCUCUACAUCGAGCCUGGGACAGAGCUGGAUGAAGAUGACAUCCCCUCAGAUGCGGAGGCUGAGGCUCGUCUCCACCAGAUGCCCGACCAGGAGGAGCUCCCGGAGGAGCCCGAGAGGCCAGAGAGCCUGGGCAGAGUCUCCAGCCUGGGUCAAACCUCAGAGAGUCCAAAGCAGCUGGUAGUGGAUGUUGUGCUGUCUCCAAUACCAAAAACCUCUGAAACGGACCUUGGGGAGGCACACAGCAAAUCCCCACCAGUGCCUGUGUUUGUGAUGUCUCCUGGUGCACGCUUCUUCCCGGACCCCUUCCACCCAGGCGCAGCCAAACUGCCUACCCCACUUCAGUCUCCACCAACCCAGCUGCAGUCUGCAGCCAGCUCCCCUCCUGCGGUGGCUGGUUCACCGGCGGUGGUCGUAUCUCCAGGAGCCGCAUCGCCUGCACUCACAUCGCCGGCCCCUUUCUCACCUGUUACAGCAUCACCGUUCUCACCUGUUGCACGGUCGCCCACAGCCAGAUCACCUGUCUCCGCUCUCUCUCCAACGGCUGUGUCUCCACCUGCUCUCCACCCAUCGUCGUCAGCCACUCCUCCCACUUCUCCCAUUCGCUCCCAGCCCUUACCGCUCCCCGAGACACCAUCGCCCAAGCAGCCUACUGCCCAAUCCCAGUCUUUUGCUUGCACUCCGUCAGCCAAUCCGCUCUCUCCCAUCUGCACUCAGACCCUCCCUUGCCAGGAGCCCUCCUCGCCCCUCUCCUCUGCCUCGCCGGUCCGCACGCAGCCCUUCCCCGCUGCCACGUCCACGCCGGCGGCCUCCAAAUCGGCUCCUCAGACGACCUCGGUGACCCCUCUCACGCCGCCUACGAGUCGGGCGACAGAUGACUCCAUGGAGGUCACGCCGGCCAAGAAGGACAUCAUCGAGGAGUUCUGGCAGAAGAGCGCCGAGAUCCGCAAGAGUCUCGGGCUGACGCCUCUGGACCGAAGCCGCUCCAUUGAACAAAAGAGUACCGGUAAUUUAUCAGUUACCAAUCCAACGUCCCCUGCUCCUUCGCCAACUCCAGCCCCAGCUCCUGUUCCCAUCUCCAUACCUGACAGGGCACCGUACUCUCCGUCGCCCAUUGCCUCUCCACUCUCCUCCAAGUCUCAGACCCCGGACGUCUCCUCAGGUAUGGAGGAUUUGAGGCCCACCUUCCCCACCCCUGCUGGCGGUGGCGGUGGACGCCCGGUUAUCCGGCGACUGAACAUAACCCUGGAGGGUCAGGUGAUCUCUCCCGCGGAGCCCAAGAACAGUCGGUCGCCGUCAGAGCGACGAGAGCCCAGCAGCAGCUCGGGGUUGGGUCUGAACGGCAGCGGCACAGCCACUAGCGACAGCGUUAGCGUUAGCGUUAGCCGCAGCGCCUCAGACUCUACACUGCUCACUCCACCCUCGAGCCCCCCGCCACCACCACCCGCCGAUGAGGAACCUGCAACGCUCAAACACAAGAGGCACCAGGUUGCGUGGGACCCGGAUCCUGGGGAGGAGAAGGGGAAGGAGAAUACGGCCCCUGAGCAGCCUUAUGGUCAGGCGGCACCGCCCCAAACCAUCACACCUCCACCAGUUUCUUGCUCCACUCCCCACAGGACCAGGUCGAGCGCCAGCCCCCCUCCUGCACCCGUUCCAGCCCCAAGGACUGGACCUGUAGGCUCCUGCGUGGUCAUGCGCCGAGACGUGAAGCCGAGGCGAGAGGAGGCACGGAAGUCGUUUGUGGAGAGCGUCGAGGAGAUCCCGUUUGCGGACGACGUGGAGGACACCUACGAUGACCGCACACCAGAGACGAGUGGCGCCAAUGAUCGAUUCUUUACGCCGCCAACAAGCAGGAAACCAGAUAACAACCGGCCUCCACUGCACCUGGCUCUGGCCAUGGAGAACGGUAAACCCAACAUCCCCAACACGCUGGCUGGCGGCGGCGGAAGGGCGUCGCCUCGGACCGCCAGCCAUAUCUCGCCUGAGGCCAAGGAGAUUGCAGAGGAGCGGAUGAGGGCCCGGGAAAAGUCGAUCAAGAGCCAGGCGCUGAAGGACGCUAUGGCAAAGCAGCUGAGCAAGAUGAAAGACUCAGACGCCAAGGUGAAAGAGUCUGCCGGCGACUCAACGAAGGGGGCACCUAAGGUGUCCUGGACGGUUUCCGAAACGGCUGGCAGCGGCGGUGGCGGCAGCAAACAGAGCAAAAAGCGCUCCAGCUCGCCCAAGAUGAGCGCCGUGAAGUCGCUGGAGUCCAAGAAGCAGGCGGAGACGGCGCUGCCCGAGCGCUUCUUCACCACGCCGAGCGGCCUCAGCCGCAGCCAGGAGAGCUCCGUGGCCUCCUCCGAGAGCUCGGCGGGCAGCAAGAGCAAGAAGCGCUCCUCGCUCUUUUCGCCGCGCAAGAACAAGAAGGAGAAGAAGGCCAAGAGCGAGCAGGCCCGGCUCUCCGGCUCCGAGGACACGCCGCCAAAACACAAGUCCCUGUGGAAGGCCGUGUUCUCGGGCUACAAGAAGGAGAAGAAGAAGAAAGAGGACAAGUCUGGGAAUAGCACUCCGUCGUCCAGUAGUGCCGCCACCACGGACUCGGGGAAGAAGAGAGCCACGCCUCAGGAUCGCACAUCAGCAGAUCUGAAGUUGAGGAAGAACUUGAGCUUCUCUGAAGACUCCGAUCUGUCAUGUGACGAUGUUCUGGAACGUUCCUCGCAGAAGUCCAAAGCAGAUCACCACGCGGACAUAUUUGACCUUGUGUCUGAGAUCAAAAAAGAGGCUAUAAAGGAGAAAGAGGAGAAAGAGAAGGAGAGAGAGAGGUUGAGGGACAAGGAAAGAUUGAAGGAAAGGAAGAGAGCGGCAAGACAGAGAGAGAAAGCCAAAGUAAAGCAGAGGGAGAUGAAAGACAGGGACGCCAUCCCAGGGCUGGAGACAGGAGGAUAUGAGGACGAGUCUGUUUAUGUUCCUCAUGCAUUGGCGUUCAAGAGAUCUUACGCCAACAAGAAGACGUACACGGAAGAGGAGCUGAAUGCCAAACUGACGCGGCGUGUCCAGAAGGCAGCCCGACGGCAGGCCAAACAGGAGGAGCUCAAGAGGCUACACAGAGCCCAGAUCAUUCAGCGACAGCUGGAGCAGGUGGAAGAGAAACAGCGGCAGCUGGAAGAGAGGGGCGUUGCCGUGGAAAAAGCCUUGAGAGGGGAAGCAGACUAUUGGGGCGAUUCUAAUUACACUGAGAUCCUGGACUUGCAUCUGGGCGUGGAGCCCUAUGUGGGGGCCCCUCGGCGAAGAGCCUUCUCCCUCUGCCCCUGCUGUUCCCCUGCAGGCAUGGGCAAAAAAGACGAUCCCAAACUCAUGCAGGAGUGGUUCAAACUGGUGCAAGAGAAGAAUGCGCUGGUUCGCUACGAGUCAGAGCUCAUGAUCUUCGCUCGCGAGCUGGAACUCGAGGAUCGUCAAAGCCGACUACAACAGGAGCUGAGGGAGAGGAUGGCAGUCGAUGACCACCUGAAGCCGGAGGAGGAGCUGGCGGAGGAGAAGCGCAUCCUGAACGAGAUGCUGGAGGUGGUGGAGCAGCGGGACUCACUGGUGGCCCUGCUGGAGGAGCAGCGGCUCCAGGAGAAGGAGGAGGACAAGGACCUGGAGGCUGUCAUGCUCUCCAAGGGCUUCAACCUCAACUGGGCCUGAGGAGAGGAGGUGGAGAAGGAGGAGGAAGAUCUCUGGAGGUAGAUCUCUGGAGGUCUCUAUGUAUGCCUUGCCUUCCAAGGGAUUGAACCUCAACUGACCCUUAGGAGACCAUGGUGCAGGCGGGGGGGAGGAAGAUCUCUGGAGGUCAUCAUGCUCUCCAAGGGGAUUCAACCUCAACUGGGCUUGAGAGAACCAUGUGGAGGUGGAAGACCUCGGGAGGUCAUCAUGUCUUCCAAGGGCUUCAACCUCAAUUGGGCCUGAGAAGGAGGAGGGAGAUCUCUGGAGUUCUCUAUGUAUGCCUUCCAGGGGAUUCCAAUUCAACUGCGCCUGAGGGAACCAUGUGGUGGAGGCGGAUGAGUAAGAUCCCUGGAGGUCAUCAAGCUCUCCAAAGGCUUCAGCCUCAUCUGGGCGUGAGGGAACCAUGGUGGAGGAGGAAGACCUCUGGAGGUCAUCAAGCUCUCCAGGGGCCUCCAAUUCAACUGGGGCAUGAGGCGGCCAUGUGAUUGGGGGAGGAAGGGGGAAGACCUGCACAUCAUCUUCUCAUAGUCUCAUCUUUACACACACACACACACACACACACACACACACACACACACACACACACACACACACACACACACACACACACACACACACACACACACACACACACACACACACAAACACAAACACAUUCAAAUAAUGUUCUCUACUAUAAAUACCUGGUCUCUCACAAACACCUACAGAUUCAUCGAGUUCGUAUUUAUACACUAAUAAACACUGAAAUGCAUAAUAUCUACA